AAAACGACGACGUUGCUCCCCAGAGCUAGAGCCUUCUCCAAGACUCCUCUUUCACUUGGCUGUUCAUCUGCAAUCUAAAGCUAAGCUCGAACAAGUUGGGGAACAAAAAAAAAGAUAGCAAUGAGAGAAACUUUGCUUGGACUUUCCUUAGUAUUUAUCGCUUAUUUCAUUGAAUUAUCUUCAGCUACUGUUGUCUUGAAGCCCUUCUCCAUUUCCUUCCCCGACCUUCCUGCCAAAUUCGCUCUUGGGAAUAACACUGGCGUUUGCGGUGCUCUUCAAGUGGCGGAUCCCUUGAAUGCUUGUACUCCACUCCAAAAAGAAUAUGGAUUCAACAAAACUGACCCGAUAAGGUUUGCUUUAAUAAUUAGAGGCGAUUGUUCUUUCGAGGAAAAAAUCCAAAACGCUCAGAGUGGGGGUUUUUCUGCUGCAAUUGUUUACGAUGAUAAAGAUGGGGGCAAUUUAGUCUACAUGAUGGUGAACCCUAAAGGAAUCCAAGUGCUAGCGGUUUUCGUUUCUAAAUCUGCUGGUGAAUUUUUGAAAGACCAUGCUAAAGGGGAAAAAGGAGAAUGCUGCAUUUAUUCGCCGCUGAAUGGGAAGGCAUUGACAGUUUUUUCUAUAUGUUUUCUAUCACUUGUUGUUAUAGCAGCUUUCUUGGUGAUAGCUUUUAUUGCUCCUAGAUGCUUGUCCAAUUGGCGAAGAGCAAGUUUAGUGAAAAGCGUUGAUACUAAGAUGGUUGAAGCUCUUCCUCGUCUUGCAUUUAGUUCUGCUUGUUUGAGUACUACCGGAGAAACUUGUGCAAUUUGCCUUGAGGAUUAUAAGGAUGGGGAAAUUCUUAAACUUCUCCCUUGUCAACAUGAUUUUCAUUCAAGCUGUGUAGAGUCAUGGCUGACUAAGUGGGGGACAUUCUGCCCUGUGUGCAAACUCGAUAUGACAACCAAAAUUGCAUAUUCUGAGAUCAAGAGGAGCAACAGCAGAUUUUGCAUUGUGCUGGCGAGGGAUCAGAAGUUUGUUUCAGCAGCUGUGUCUCUGCAAAGCAAGGACAAAAUGUUCGAGAUGAUGCUGUUGUACCCUUUUAAAUUUGGAGCCAGUAAAAUUGUUGCAUUGGUGCAUAACUUUGAUAUGGGUGUUUCUCUGGUUGUCUUCCCCUGUGGUUUGUUUCUUUUUCUUCUCAUCUUUUACAGCUCAGGCUCAGAAGUUGUUACCAUUGAUGUUACUGAAGCAAAAAACUUGCUUCAGUCAGGCAAUAUUUACAUUGACGUCAGGACCGUGGAGGAGUACAAGAAGGGACAUGUGCAUGCGGAGAGGAUCCUGAAUAUCCCAUACAUGUUCAACACACUACAAGGUAGGGUGAAAAAUCCUGAAUUCUUGAAGGAGGUUUCAUCUCGUUGCAAGGAGGACGAUCUUCUUGUCGUGGGGUGCCAAAGUGGGGUGAGAUCCCUUUAUGCAACUGCUGAUCUUCUCUCAAUUGGCUUUAAGAAUGUGAGCAACAUGGGAGGAGGUUAUCUUGCUUGGGUGGGGAAUGGUUUUCCUCUAAUAGUGGAGAAGCCUGCAAAAGUAGAAGAGAAACCAAAAGAAGAGCUGUGAUUGUUUGUAAUCUUGUUUAUAUGUUUAUGUAGCAGAUAUUCUGAUAUAUAAUUGAAUCUCAGGUGUAGGGGAAAAGCCAUUUUACUAUUAUUAUUAUUAUUAUUUCCCCUUCUAUGUGUAUGGGUUUGAAUCAUUUUUAGUUUGUAACCCAAUGUUAAAUUGUUUAUGAAAACCUUCUUUCUUAAUCCAAAUU